CGCACACUUCACUAGCUUAGCUUUCGGCUUUCGCGGAGAGAAGCGAAUUCCCAGGCUUUUGGCAAGGUUCUUCGGCGGCCAAUGGCGAGCAUGGAGGUCGCAAAGCCUGGGUCGUCCAAGCGCCUGUCCCCGAAGGGGAGUUUCAGGCUGAGCCUGCUCGCUUGCGGCCAGUGCAAGGCCACCACCGUGUCGCCCCCGGGCUCGCCCACCGGCGCCGGCGCGAGGUCGCUGUCGUCCUCGGCGUCGUCCUCCGCGGGGACGUCCCGCUCCCGCGGCCGCGAGCGCGACCGCCAGGCGGAGCUGCGGGAGAUCUUCCGCCACUUCGACCGCGACAUGGACGGCCGGAUCUCGGGCCGGGAGCUCGGCGAGUUCUUCGCGUCCAUGGGGGACGGCGGCGCAAAAGCCGCGAUGGAGCUGGACGCGGCCAGCUCCGGCGGCGGUGGCGACCUCAUGCUGGGGUUCGAGGACUUCGUGAGGAUCGUGGAGCGGAAGGGCGGGGAGGAGGAGGAGCGCGAGGACCUGCGGCGCGCGUUCGAGGCCUUCGAGGCGGUCAAGGGCUCCGGCCGGAUCACGCCGCGCGGCCUGCAGCGCGUGCUCAGCCAGCUCGGCGACGACCCGUCCGUCGCCGAGUGCGAGGUCAUGAUACGCGCCUACGACGACGACGGCGACGGCGAGCUUGAUUUCCACGAUUUCCACCGCAUGAUGAGCCAUGACUAGUUGUCUGUUUCGCCGCUGCCGGCUGGGCAUCACUUUGUUACUUCAUCCGUGUGGUUUGUGUGGCGCGCGCCCCAGUUGAACGUGCUA